GUGCUCCAAUCCUCUGGCACCUCCAACAUGGACUCGACGUCCACUCCACCGACCUCGCCCAUGAGCGGCCACCAACAUCGCGUUUCAAUAGCAAGUGCCUUGCGCACCCCGAGGAGCUCCAGCCGCCUGAGUCUUGGAGGUCGCGGAGGAAGCAGUCGCGCAUCCGAUGAAGACUCCAAGACUGCGGUGAAAGUGGGUGCGUACCCUGCCGUCAACCCCUAUCCUCCUUCUUCGCUGACUGGCGUACAGNCCGUUCGAGUGCGUCCUCCCCUCCAACCAGCCGACCCAGGCUACGACUUGAUUCCCCAGCGUUUCCGCACUUCUACCUGCGACGUCUCUUCUGCCACCAAUCUCGCCAUCCAAUCGACCCAGGGAAAGAAGCUGUUCGUCUUCGAUCGUGUCUUCGGUGAGGAAACAACACAACAAGGCGUUUGGGAAUAUGUCAGCGACAGCGUCGAUUCCUUCAUCCAGGGCUACAAUGUCUCCAUCCUUGCAUAUGGUCAAUCGGGCGCUGGAAAGUCGUAUACUAUGGGUACGGCUGGUUCCGAAGGCGCUUUCGACCCUNGCAUUGUUCCUCGCGCUGCCGCCGCUCUUUUCGAGAAGCUCAAUGUUUCUUCAACCACAUCGGCUCCCCUGACUCCGAGCAAAUCAGGCCUUCGUUCUCCUUCACGCUAUUCAGUCUCGGCAGUCCCUAGCCUCUCGAAUCUGCACCGCCAAACGAAUAGCGACAAAUCGUGGGCAUUGACGGCCACUUACGCUGAGAUUUACAAUGAACAGCUCCGCGACUUGCUCGUUCCCAGUACUGUGCCUGAAGCCGACCGGCCCCAGGUCUCUAUUCGCGAAGACACGAAGGGACGCAUUCUGCUUACUGGCCUAACUCAGAAACCUAUCAACUCGGCAGACGACCUUCUGGAGGCCUUGAGCUUUGGUUCCAAUAUCCGCCAAACCGACUCGACCGCUAUCAACGCCAAGUCUUCGCGCUCUCACGCCAUCCUUAGUUUGAAUCUUACUCUGAAGAAAGGGCCCUCAGCCAACAGACGCGCUUCCGUUCAAGUCGACAAUUCUACUUCCAGCGACGUCAUUGUGACUACCGAAAGCAAGCUCCACUUCGUCGAUCUAGCAGGUAGUGAACGACUGAAAAAUACAGGUGCUCAGGGCGAUAGAGCAAAGGAGGGUAUAUCAAUCAAUGCCGGUCUCGCUAGCNUUGGGAAGGUCAUUUCGCAGCUGUCCACUGCAAAGCAGGGUGGCUACAUAUCCUACCGCGAUUCUCGAUUGACUCGUCUCUUGCAAGACUCUCUAGGCGGGAAUGCUAUCACCUACAUGGUCGCUUGCGUUAAUCCCGCCGAGUUCCAUCUUAGCGAAACACUCAACACUGUCACCUAUGCUCAACGUGCUCGCGCGAUUCAAAGCAAGCCUGAAAUUCAACAGACGACUGAGGAGGCUGACAAAGCAUCUAUCAUUGCUCGUUUGCAAGCGGAGGUCGCGUUCCUUCGAGAACAGGUCAACAAAAAUAACGAANAAGGCGAACAGCGCAUCCUGGCUGCUGGAGAUCACAAAGAGCGUCGCGAAAGCGAGUUACAGGAUCAGCUCAUGGACAUGCAGGAGAGUUACAAUGCCCUCAGUGGACGCCAUGCUAAACUCAUAUCCGAGAUUUCAAAAGCCAAGGAAAACAAUCAGGAGGACACUCCGACUCUCAGAGACGCUGUUGGAGAGUCGGCUAUGGAGAGACUCAAGCGCUCUAACUCGUUUGCUGAAGCUGUUGAACAAGUUGUCAUGGAAUACGAGAAGACCAUUCAAUCGCUGGAGGCCUCCUUGUCCAACACGCGCUCCACGCUUUCUGCAAGCGAGAGCUCACUCAUGGAGCGUGAAGCUAGAAUCGCUUACAUGGAGUCGCAAGCCCAACAGCUACAAGUCCGGCUGCAGAAAGCUAGCGAGCGUGAAGCUAACAAUGAUGCCUACCUUCGAGACNUUAGAAACCCAGAUAGAGGGUGCAACAACCAGCGAAGAGAAAAGUUCCGCCCUUGUUGCCAGUUUACGAAAAGAGUUGAGCCGAGUAAAAGACACGGAAAACAAUGCCGAGCAGUAUAUCGCAACAAUCGAGGAGAAACUGGCAGAAGCAGAGCAAGACCGANNGAGAUCAUGCAGCGCGAGCUCGAUCGUCUUGAGAAUGUUAUUGAACGCCAAAGAAGUAUCGGUAGACUGGACAACCUUCUUGCAGAACUUGACAACAUCCGUCAUAGUGAACAGACUGGACGGCCUCAGCAGCUUAACGGUCACUCAGUCGAUGUCAAGGAUUACAGUACACUCGACGAGGAGUCGGUUGUUCGCAGUCCAGUGGCUUCUGAUGAACAAGCACUAGGACGGCCUGAAGAACCAGCAAUGCCCGUCUCAGAAACUAACAGACCGACCACGUCUACCACUCAACAGAGUCAGGAUGUGGAAGAUUUACGCAGAAAAGAUGAGCAGCAAGUGGCCCAGUCCAAAUUCAUGGCCGACAAACUCGAAACCAUGACGCAAGAACUCUUCGACCUUCGUAGCGAACACGAGACAACGAUCAAUGAUUAUGACAAUCUUCAACGCAAGUAUGAAACUGCACUGCAAGCACUCGCCAAGAUGCAUGAAACACACGAAGAGGAAACCAGACCGGAUUCGAGAAACUCAGACAAGCCAGAGUCUUUUUUAGAGGGCGCGGGGGUGAAUGGCAUGAAGGGGGAUGGACAACCGGCCGCAUCCUCGCGUUCCUUGGCAGCGGAGUUGUCAUCGGGGUCGUUAUCGCGACACUCUUUCACUACAACGAACGAGGAGUCGGACGAAACAAAUGGGGCUCAAGGCAGAGUCCAGAAAGAUAUUGAGAGUGACGAUGCAAGCACGAUCGUUGAUGAGGACGAGGCACCGCUUCGUCCAGAAGAACGGGCACUUGCCCAUGAAAUGGAAAUGCUGAGGCAGCUGCACAUCCAGCGUGAAUCCAGCUUGAAGGAGAUCUCGGACAACUACAUGAGACUGUCCGGAGAACACAAGAACGCUCUAGGUCAGGUUGAAGAUCUGAAGCGUGAAAUACAACGAGCUCAACUGGCGACCAACAGACAAUCAUCACCUUCGCUAGUUAAACCCAUCAUCCGUCGCAAGCCCAGUCAGGAUCUCAUGGCCAAUACCACAACCAACAACGAUCGAGCAAUGCGUUCAUUCGCAUCACUGCGCAAUAUUGCGCUCGACAAUUUCGAGUCGAACAUUGAUGUCCGCCAGAACUUCGAAAUUCAUCUCAACACCAUCAUGGGUGAUCUCCAUGACCGGACUGAGAAAAUGCAGGCACUCGACGCAGAAGUCACAGCUGCUCGAAGAGACCUCGACGCUAAGACUGCUAUAAUCACGGGCUUGACACGCGAGAGGGCUAGUGUUUCGGCUGCCAACACUGUUGACUUUACUGUUGUCGGCCAUAUGCGCGAUCAACUCACACGGAGCGAGCAGCAGGUGACCUUCCUCCGCGAAACUCACGAAAGCAGGGAGAAGGAGCUUCAGUCCCAGGUCGAUGAACUCAAAUCGCAAUUACAGCAACACGUCGAAAGAGAUGUAGUCGCAGGUAGUGAACGCUCGCAUGACGAUAGCGACGAUCGCGUCGCUCAUCUGCAGAAGCAACUGUCUAUUUGGGAGUCUAACCAUGCCCAAACCACGACUUCCAUGAAGGAGUCUGAAACUAGGCUGCUGGCUACUAUCGCAACUCUGGAGCAUUCUCUUUCUGAGGCACACAAGUCAGUCGCCAGUCGCGACGCCGAGUACGAUGCAGCAAUUGCCAAUCUUGACCAGGAGCGAGCUCAGCACCAAGAGCUUGUUGACUCGCUACAGAAGCAGAUUGGUGACUACCAAGCUGCUAGCAAGGAACACACUCAGAAGCUUUCGCUGCUCGAGCAGUCCUACGCAAGCAUUAGGCAGCAAGUCGAUGAAGACAGCAAGGGCAGAGAACUUACAGAGAAGGAGCUGCAAACUCACCGCAAUCUGGUAACAAAUCUGGAAAGUCAGAUCGAAGCUCAUAAGUCCGCGAUUGGAAUACAUGAGCAGAACCUAGAAACUCUCAAAGCAUCACAUACGGAAGAGCUUGAGAGCCUCAACACUGCUAUGGCGACAGCUGAGCGAGACUUCCACGAGAGACACGCAGCCUUGGAAGCACAGCACAAGUCCGUCCAGCAAGACCUUCAGCGAUCUCAGGUCGAUCUGGAAGAGUUGCUUGGCGAAGCAUCAGCCAUUCUGGGCCAUGAAACCGAUGUUGGACGAUUCCACUCCCAUCUGACUGACUUUGUUGGACAAAACAGAGACAUCAGUACUGGCAAGAACAACGAGCAAGAUCUUGAGGCCGCUCAAACCAAGGUUGCUGCUCUUGAGGCCGAAAUUGCACAACUGAAGACAAGCAACCAGGAGAUCACGUCUAACAUGGAGCGUGCAGUGGAGAACGAACGUAAGAGCGCUGCUUUAGUGCAAGAGUUGGAGGAUCAGCUCAACUCCACAUACGAUCUACACCAAGAUACAAGCAACAGACUGUCUGCCAUACAAAGCGAGCGGCACACACAACUCGAGGAGGCGACAAGUGCAAAGAACGAGAUGAAGAAAGAACUUGAGGAUGCCAGACUGAAGGUCUCGUUACUUGAGUCUCAGCUUGCCGAGCUGCAACGCCGUUCGAUGGCUUCUACUUCUCGUGAUUCGAUGAACUAUGCUCGCGAGUCACUAUCUCCUGAAGCUGCAGCAUUUGCACUUGCUCGUACAAGUUCGCAAACCUCUUUGAUGCGUCCAAAGUCCAAUGCCACCAACCCAGCUUCAGGACUUCCCUCUCCACCGCCUGCAAUUCCUCUGCCACCUAUCCCAACUCCAGGUCUCAAUGGUCUGAGCCCCUUCCUAAGCCAGAGUAGCAGCGUACCCAUGGGCUUGGGUAUUGAUGCUCGUACUUCGAGCCCUGCACCUACCACUACCUUCACCGCUUCGUCUCCUCCUGGGACGCCCCACCACAGCUCCUUCCCACUACCACCAUCGACUGCACCUUCGACUGUACAGCCUGAUCCCGGCUAUGCGCAAGUGAUUGAGGAGCAGGAGUCUCGCAUUCGUACUAUCGAGAAGCAUUUGUUUGCCGAAAAGCAGCUUACAGCUACGCUGGAAGAGGCUCUUGUCGAUCUCGAGACGUCACAGAAUAAAACCAGACAAGAUCUUGAAUCAUGGAGGAAGAAGUGUUCAAACUUGGAAGACGAGCUAGUGGGAUUACGAAAGGAGCGCACAAACUCAAGAGCAAGCAUGCAGCAAGUAGAGGAAGAGAGGGAGAUGAGGCAUCGUGCGGAGCGCGCGAGACAGGCGCUCGAAGAACGUAUGCGAGAAUUGAACGCGGGACAGAAGAAGAAGAAGGGAAUGUUGAACUGUUUCUAG